AAACAAUGAUGCAGCACAAAUAUAAUAUGGCUUUACAACAUUUUUAUCAGGCUGCUGUGACAAACAAUAGUAAUAACAAUGAAGUGUCAGAUUUUUCAGAGGAAGAACUUUUUACAGAUUAUCAUGGGGAAGAGUUGGAAAUUUAUAAUUCACAAAAUAAGAAUUCAACUCAAAGAGAUAAACCUUAUGGCAACACUAAAAAACAAAUUAUUCAACCAAAACCAAUUUUAUCAUGUCGUAGUUGCAUUUUUCUACUUAUUUUCUUUAUGGUCCUUUUUACAUUAGUAUGUUCAAUAACAUAUUUUUUACAGUUAGGAAUUAAUAGAAUUGUUCCAGUCACUGAUCAAAAAGUCAUUUAUCAAAUGUCAACUGUGCAAAAGAGCACAAAUCUAAGUCAAGUAAAUGAGAUUAAAAAUAUUGCUUUACCAAAUUUAAGAUCAUGUUCUGGAUAUAAAAUAACAAAAGUUUGGCAAAAAGAUUUUCAGAAGUUAUACACAGACUCUUCUACUAGACUAGUUGACAUUAACAAAGAUGGAGUUGAUGAUAUAAUUAUGGGUUUUGGAACAAGUCUUGAUAGUUUUAAUGUUGAUCAGGCAGAAACAUGCAGUACAUUUCAUAAUAAUAAAUACCCUUGCUUUGGUGGUGUGUUAUCUGUUGAUGGAGUAACUGGAGAUCAGUUGUGGAUCCACUUCUCACAUCACAGCAUACUUAGUAUAAACUGUAAUGCUGAUUUUGAUGCCGAUGGAGUAGCUGACUGCUUAUGUAGUGGAAGAGGAGGUGUUUUUGAAGCAAUUAGUGGGGCUACUGGAAAACUAUUAUGGAUAUUCCUAGAUGAAAAAUUUCGCAACAAACAUGGUACAUUGUACAUGCCUCAAAUUAUUGAUGAUAUAAACAAUGAUCAAGUUGCUGAUGUUGUUCAGAUUCAAGGCGGAGACUUUCAUGUAAUCUCUUACAAUAAAACUAGACAGCCAUCAAAAAUUUUAUUUUUUUGUGGGAAAACUGGGAAUAUUUUAAAAGCCAUUGCAAUACCUAGAAAUGAGGAAUCAAACUUUUCUCCUAUACUUUAUUCAACAAAAGAAGAAUUAAGAAUGGUUUAUGGUACUGGAAGUGAAAAUCAGGGUGGGCAUCUUUAUGUUAUACCACUGUUAGAUUUGUUAAACGAGGAUCUAAGUAAAUUAAAGGAGGUGGUUAAAGGCAGUAGAAAAGGUUUUAUCAAUCCUCCUAUACUUGCUGACAUUAAUAAAGAUGGAGUUGUGGAUUUAAUAUGUGCUGGAUUAAAUCAAAAUGUUGUUGCAAUAAAUGGGGAAACUUUAAAAAUAAUUUGGAGUUAUAAAAUGACUGGAGCUGAGACUUACUCACUUCCUGGAGUUGGUUUUUUUAAUGAUGAUGAUAUAGUCGAUUUUGUUAUUCGAAAAAAUCUUGGAACUUUUCCUGUUUAUUAUUCAUCAAAUGUAUUAAUUUUAAAUGGGAAGACAGGUGAAGAAAUUCUGAGUUCUUAUAAAACGUUUUCUGUUGUCCACUCUUCUCCAUUAAUUGUAAGCAUGGAAGGUUAUGGGAAUGAUUUGCUUCUAUACUGGAGCUCAGAAUGUCAUCAUUACAACAUAAAUGAAGAAUAUUUUCAGAUUGUAAAUGGAACAGAUAUUCAAAUAGCAUACCAUAUGGAUAGCUGUAAAAGUAGAUUCAAUAGCACAACAAUAACAAAGUUAAAUUUAAUGGAUUCUGAGACUGGUUUUCCAGGGCAUGAACUUUAUUAUUCAAACAAUUCUAUAAACAAUAUUUUAAAGAAAUCUGUUAUCCAGACUAUGUUUCAAACUGGUGUUAUUGCACAAUCUUUAUCAAGUAAAAGAAAACAGACGAGUAAAAGUUUUGACGUGGUAUUUGCUGUGAAUAAUAUUCAACCAUCAUUGGUUAGGAUUAUUCAAAAUAAAGAUUUACCUUGUAUUAAUGAUUUAAGAAAAAAAGCUAAAAAGGGAAAUUUUCACAAUGUUAUUGAUAUAAAUUCCAAUAAAGCAAAAGGCAUAUAUGAUCGUGGAGACACAGCUGUAAAUGUUUGUUUACAAUCCCGUUACAAUGGAACUUUGUUCGACGAUUUCAAAAGUAUGCAAGCUAAAAAUUUUAAUAAAGGAAUAAUGACUUUAUACAGGUAUCAAGUAACUUGUGCAUGCGAAAUAGGUAUGAAAUGCGCAAAGGUUCUUCCACAACACAAACAGGGAUGGACUGGUUACAUGGGAAGUAUGGGCAAUGGUUAUUUUAAUAAUCGUAAAAAUGUUUAUAUAAAUAAAUAGAUUUUAUAGAUAAAUAUGUAUCUAUAUCAUUUUUGUAAAAAAAAUAUUUUUUUAAAUUCACAGGGUUUAUGAUGGUUUUAUAAUUUAUAAUUUAAAUUUUAAAAACACAAUUUUCAACGGAAAUAGUUUUGCAAAAUGUAUGUAUAUACACACGAUAUAUUUAUGUAGAAAAUGUUUUCCUCGUGUAUUAUUUUUUUUUAUUUUAGGUUGGUGUAAUAUAGUAUUUAAUAAUAGUUUAUGUAAAUUAUUUAUGUAAUAAAUUUUUUUGGGAA